AUGGUUACACACACGUCCACACAAUUAAUCACGAUGCCACCAACUUUUUGUACUACGACUGCGUCAAGGAGUCAAUUAAUUCAGAAGGUUUUUCCACAUCUUACGCAAAACUAUACAAGUCAUAAAUGGCUUAGCGAGCGCGCUAUCCUAGCAGCUACAAACAACGAUGUCCACAUGAUUAAUUAUUCAAUUCAAAAUGAAAUACCCGGAGAACCUACAACUUAUAAAUCGAUCGACACAGUAAUGAACCAGGACGAAGUUGUCCAUUACCCCACUGAAUUUUUAAAUUCACUUGAUUUGCCAGGCAUGCCUCCACACGAUUUAACAUUAAAAAUUGGUGUUCCCAUAAUUCUUCUCCGGAACAUAAAUCCACCACGACUUUGUAAUGGUACAAGGCUUGCAGUGAAAAUGCUAAUGAAAAAUAUCAUUGAAGCAACAAUUUUAAAUGGCAAAUAUAAGGGUACUGAUGUUCUGCUGCCACGUAUUCCUAUGAUACCAACUGACAUGCCUUUUGAGUUCAAACGAUUGCAGUUUCCUAUACGACUUGCUUUCGCAAUGACCAUUAAUAAAUCUCAAGGACAAUCGUUACAAGUUUGUGGAAUUGAUUUGGAGAACCCAUGCUUUUCACACGGACAACUAUACGUAGCCUGUUCACGCGUCGGUAAACCUUCCGAUUUAUUUAUGUUCAUUCCAAAUGGGAAAACUAAAAAUAUUGUGUACCCUCAAGCCCUUUUGUAAAUAUAUUUCUGAAUGUCUUUAUCCACAAAAGUCUAAAAUUUCAUUUCGUUUUUAUAAAUAUUCUCCUACUCCUUACA